AUGGCGGCAAGUGGAAGUGAGCGUGUGGUGGUCGUAGGAGUAGAUGAUUCAGCACAUAGCUACCACGCACUCGAGACGGCUCUCGAUCUUUUCUUCGUACCUUUCAAAUCAAACCCACAAUUCAAACUCGUCGUCAUUCACGCCAGACCCACCGCGACCUCUGUUCUCGGCUUUGCCGGUCCCGGUACGGUAGAUAUAAUACCGAUGGUGGAACAAGAUUUGCACACACUACAGGAAAAAAGGACUGCGGAAUUGGUUAAGAAGAAAUGUGCCGAGGUGUGCUCGGCUAAAUCUGUCGAGAUCUCGUCGUCGGAGGUGAUCGAAGGAGAUCCGAGGAACAUAAUGUUGGAGUCAGCGGAGAGACAUCAUGCGUCUGUUCUUGUUCUUGGAAGCCAUGGUUAUGGAGAUGUCAAGAGGGUUUUUUUGGGGAGUGUGAGUGACUAUUUAGCUCAUCAUGCUCAUUGCUCCGUUAUGAUCGUUAAGAAGCCUAAGGCUAAAACUACUUCCACCGAUAAACACUGA